CAACUGGGCUCUGGAGGUAUAAUGUGAAUGGACCGUAUGACUGACUGAGUUUAGUUUAUUCUGGCUGUUGAAUCUGCUUUCCACUGUUGAACUUUUUAUGCUCCCAGCACAAGUUACAGGUGGAAUGUGAGAGCCCCGGCUACUUCUCCGGGCCAGGUUUUCCUGUCUGACCAGGAAGCAGACAGCGUCCUACGGAGACAGAAACGCCACAACAGCGGGAUUUUUGAGGAGUUUUUUGAAGGCAACUUGGAAAGAGAGUGUCGGGAGGAAAAAUGUGACCUGGAAGAGGCCAGGGAGACCUUUGAGAAUGAUGAGCAGACAAUGGCGUUCUGGGCGGGAUAUGUUGAUGGGGACCAGUGUAAGUCAAGUCCAUGUCAUAAUGAGGGGACAUGUCAGGACAGCCACGGCUUCUACAUUUGCAGAUGUCCCUCUGGCUUCACUGGCAGGAACUGUGAGAUCUCGACAGUGAGAAGGUGCGAUUUGAACAAUGGGGACUGCAUGCACUUCUGUGAAGUAAUGGGUACCUUUGGAGCAAAGUGCUCCUGUGCUGAUGGGUACUUGUUGGCACAGGACGGGGUGACCUGUGAACCGAAUGCUGAAUUCCCCUGUGGUAGAAACAUCUUGACUGUGAUCCUCUCGAGGUCCUCGAGGUCUCUACUCAGCGACGUCAAUGCAAACCAGCAGGACCUCGCCUCACCCACCAACAUCAGCACUACUGCACCCCCUGUCUUACCUUCAGCGAGUACUGCAGUGUCCUCUCCUGCGUCAAAUGCCUCUGUUGUAGCCAACUCUUUCAACAAGCAGCUACUGUGGGUGCACAAUCAGGAGCCACCUCGAAGUAUCAAGCGUAUCGUGGGAGGAGAUGCCGUAAUCCCCGGAGAGAUCCCAUGGCAGGUGGCCUUGGUAGCACGUCCCACAAGUCAUUUUUUCUGUGGGGGCUCCAUUCUUAAUGAGCUGUGGGUUAUCACCGCUGCCCACUGCCUGGGCGAGGGUCAGAUCUCCUUCUUCAUCAGAACGGGGGAUCAUAACAUCCUCACAAAUGAGGGCACUGAGCAGGACCACGAGGUGCUGGAGCAGCACAUACACCCACGCUACGACACCACGGUGAGCAGGUACAACCAUGACAUUGCCCUGCUGCGCCUCAAAAGCCCCAUCAACUUUUCCGACAUGGCCCGUCCCAUCUGCCUGGGGCCCAAAUCCUUCACCGAAUCCCUGGUGAAGGCGGCCUCCCCCGCCAUAGUCAGCGGCUGGGGGCGAACCCGCUUCCUGGGGCUCACGGCUGACACCCUGCUGAAGGUCGAGGUCCCGUUCACGGACAGAACAGAGUGCAAGGACAGCAGCAGCGACAGGAUCACACGCUACAUGUUCUGCGCGGGAUAUGACAGUGAAGCCAAAGAUGCGUGCCAGGGGGACAGCGGAGGUCCCCACACCAACCGCUACCACAACACCUGGUUCCUGACGGGCAUCGUGAGCUGGGGCGAGGAGUGCGCCAAGGACGGCAAGUACGGUGUGUACACCAGGGUGUCCCACUACUACCGCUGGAUCCACUAUGUUAUCAGAGACACUAAUCGCAGGUUGGAAGCUGAUGUGGACGAGCCUGAUCUAUAAGUGAAAAUACCGAAACACAUUUUUAACACACUGACAAUUUAACCGAAAAUGAAAUGUAUUGCAUCACAAAUAAAAUGUUCUUCAGUUG